AUGCAAGGGCAAAGAGGGAGACUUGAUGCAUUGCCUGAGACGUUGGAAUUUGACCAUGGAUCUGCAUCAAGUAAUGCUGCUAUAAAUCAGCAGAUAUGCUGGAAUAAUAUGCGGAAUCCUGCCGGAAACCAAAUACAGGACUAUGUACUAUCACCUGGUGAUAUUAAUGUUGCAUAUUUGAAUUCCUUGAACCGUGAACGACCGGUGUUGAAUGGAUGGAGUUUGGGUGAGCCUAGUUCUAACAACACCCAGAGUGAGGUUAGGUGUGAUGAGCAGAAAGCAGAGCUUGGAUGGUCAUCUUCAGGAAAUGCAUGUCCUGGGGCUGGUCUAAGGUUGGAAGAACGGAGCUAUGAACCGUCUAAUGCAUUUUCUUCUGAAAAUGCCAAUUCAAACCAUCUGUAUGUGCAAAGUUCCAAUUCUGAUGUGCUUACUCAGAAUCUCAACUUAAACACAGGUUCUGUGAGUCAUGGUGGUGACAGUCGCCGAGUCUCGGGAUGUCCUAAUGUUUCCAAGUCUAGCAGAUUAGAAAAUCAGUGCAUUCCACCUGCUAGUGGUUCUGAUCAUCAUUUACUUCCUUCACGAACUGGUGGAGUUUUAGUGGUAGAGAAUAAUGGCAGAUCAGGUUGUUCAUUGGAGGGUCAGCGUGUGUCCUGUAAAAGAAAAUCUCUUGAAGCAAAUGUUGGACAGUCUUCUGUAUCUGGAAGUUCUAGCUACUUUCAGUGUACAGAAAAUAGUGCAUGGUCUCCUGUUCCUUCUCAUUUUAGUUUGAGCAGGAGUUUAAGUGUAUCUGCUCCAUCAGAACAGGUGACCCCAAGAGUCAGGCUCGGCGCAACAGAAGUUGCUUCUGGUUGCAUUCCUGAUCCAAGUUCAGCGGGAAGUUCCCAUAGAACAUCUCGUGUGAGGAUAAAUCCUUCAAUUCAACCAGAUUCUAUUCCCCCUACUUUAAUCCCUACAGAGAGGGCUGUCAGGCAUUCCAGUAUAUCAUCUUCCCAACUGCCACCAAGACUUCUUCCAGUUGAUUAUUCUUUGGACUUGCGGUCAACACCUGCUGCAGAUAAUAUGAUUCCUCACAGUCAACCACUAUUGAUCCAUCUUCCUGAAUUUCCACGAAAUGUGCAAGGUUUUAGGUGGAAUGGAGGACAUAGCUCAGGAACUGCUAGUUCCACAAGCUCUAAUGUUUCUGGAGAUAGAGAUGUUGUACCGCAUAAUGAAACAGGCUCAAGAAGCAUGGUGAGAAACCUUUUAGAACAUCCAAUGUUUGUGCCGGCUCCUGAACCAAGAAAUUUGGUACGAAAUCCAGCACAUAGAAGUUCAACUGGUGGAAACUUGCGAAUUCCUGGAAAUGUUGCAUCUACGUCUCAGACUGACCUCAGUUUAGGUGUCCAUCCAUCGUCUGCACCUACUUUAGUUUCUCAACUGAAUCCUCCACAAUAUCCACGAAGGUUAUCUAAAUAUGUUCACCGGUCACUGUUUUCUUCUACUGGUUCUGAGCAUGGAGGACAAAGCAGUAACUAUUCCCCACUGCGUUCAGGUCCUGUUUCCUCACAAGAAAUGGGGUUUUCAUCUGGACCUGGUAACCAGGGUCAUCACCAGUCACACCCAAGGUCAGCAUUGUGGGUGGAGAGACAAGGUGAUGGUGGACCUGGAAUCCCCUAUUUAUUGCGAGCAAAUGCUGUGGCUGGUGAAGGAAGUAGCAGACUUGUAUCUGAGAUUCGCAAUGUCUUGGGUCUCAUGCGUAGGGGCGAGAACUUGCGAUUUGAGGAUGUCAUGAUCCUUGAUCAGUCAAUGUUUUUUGGAGUGGCUGAUAUUCAUGAUCGGCAUAGGGAUAUGCGACUAGAUGUUGAUAACAUGUCUUAUGAGGAGUUAUUGGCUCUGGAAGAGCGCAUUGGAAAUGUGAGCACAGGAUUGAGUGAAGAAACAAUAUCAGGUCGUCUGAGACGGCGGAAAUAUUCUAUUGUUGUCGGGUCUCAGCUUGAGGCAGAACCAUGUUGUAUCUGUCAGGAGGAAUACAGUGAGGGAGAUGAUCUUGGAACUCCAGAAUGUGGCCAUGAUUUUCAUGUUGACUGUAUAAAACAAUGGCUGAUGCACAAGAAUUUGUGCCCCAUUUGUAAAACAACAGCCCUGACUAAAUGA